UGCGCACUAUUCGGUUCGGUCUAACAAGGAAGUGCGGUCGUGUACAAGCAUUUUGCUUUACUUGGGAGAGCGUUUAGACCCAAGGUACCUGCAUAAAGUCUCAACAAAAACUUCGACAUACACAGGAGUCAUAUGCUCUUCAAUGGCCCUGGACUGGAUCGGAUUUGGCUAUGCUGCUGGCAUCUUACUGGGAGGUUAUAUGGGAUACAAGAGAAAAGGGAGCGUCAUGUCCCUGAUGGCUGGCUUGGUCUUUGGCGGACUGUCUGCUUAUGGCGCCUACAACACCUCCAACAAACCAACUGAUAUCAAGGUGUUACUGUUCACCUCAGGGCUCCUUUCGGUGGUGAUGGGGACCAGGUACAAGAAAUCAGGCAAACUGGUGCCAGCUGGAAUUAUGACAAUUCUAAGUUUGUUGAUGGUGUUUCGACUUUUGCUUGGAAUGCUGGUGUAACUGAAGAAGGGACGCAGACACAGCUCAACGUGAUACACGAUUCUGACUUUGAUAACAUGAAUAAAACAUUUUUAGCCAAUGAC